AUGGUUAGAAGGGAGUGGGAUGGUUCUCAGUUGACCGCUGCUUCCCCAAAUUCAGCAAUUAUGACGGAUACAUUAUCAAGCACAAAUUCGACUAAUCUCUACCGAUCUCCAUACCCUAAUCGUCAUCCCAAGUUAGGAAUAUCUGCUGUUCUUCGGUCAGCAUCAGUUAGCCCUUUGUCAAGUUCUCAACCAAAGCCACUAGAAAGCCCUCUUAGAUUAGAUGAUCCUCCAUCAGUAACAUGUCGGUUCAGACCCGGACUUAGGCCAGUCAGGAUUAUAGACAUGACCAAUUUCCGGUUAAAAAGGAAACAGUUGGGCAAAUCUGCUGGACUGGAUGGUAAAGACAAUGAAAUGCGGAGGUCGUCCACCUUGCUACUUCAGUCUCGACGUCAACCGUUGAAAGCUUUCCAGCAAAAUACACUCCCGCCUAAUAUAUCUACGUUUAAUUUUAAACAACAGGAUCCUCACCUAACUUCCCGGGAGCCAUCGCAGAUUCAAGGUCAACUUGCCUCAAUCGCAAGCAUUCAACGAAUUUCCACAAAUCCGAAGAUUCGACGAUACAGCUCCAGUGAUAUGGCAACUUCCAAACAAUAUAAAGAUAGUUCUUGUGCUGAACAUAUCUUUGUCGAGGUCGAAAAUGGCCUUUCUCGUAAAAGGAGAAGUGUGCCAGUGCGACCCAGCAAGAAGAUGAAAUCCCGCGACAGUCUAGACUCCGUGGACUCUAAUGUAACAUCCCCUAGAGGUACCCACAGUCCCGCUUCGACCCCUACUUCAACUAUGACCAAUAGUGCGACAACCAAGCAAAAUCCCAAGACAGGGGUCAUGACCAGGAUUCGUUCCCAAACCCAACUUGCUUACGAGGCUGUCAAAAGGGUCGUUCGUCGACAUUCAAAGCGUCGGUCGGGCUCCUAUGAACUGCGUCGAGAUACAGAAAUUUAUUAA